AUGACUGAUCGGAUUGCCAUUAUUGGAGCCGGAGAGGUAGGUGCCGCCUCGGCCUACGCUCUCCUGCAAGGCUCCCUUUAUAAAGAGAUCCUGCUGGUCGACAUCAAGCCGGAGAAGAGAGACGGCCAGGUACGCGACCUCUCGGACGCCUGCUACGCCGAAGACAGCAGUACCCGUGUCCGGGCCGGAACGUACAAGGAAGCCGGCGAGUGUGACAUUGUAGUCAUUACUGCCGGGUCGAAAAGGACAAGAGGUGAAACCUCACUUCAGCUAGUCGAGAGGAACACUGCCAUUCUCCGGAGGAUCAUCGACUCGAUGAGACCGUUCCGCUCAGACCUCAUCAUGAUUGUCGUGUCGCACCCCGUCGAUGUGCUCACAACCCUGGCUCAAAAACUCUCCGGUCUUCCAAGUCGUCAAGUCAUAGGCUCAGGCACCUUCUUGGAUACGGUUCGACUUCGGAGAAUGCUGGCGGAUAGGUUCGAGGUUGCGACUGGUCCGGUAAGUGCAUAUGUGCUGGGAGAGCAUGGAGACUCUCAAUUUGUGGCCUGGUCACUUGCCUCCAUCGACGGGGUGCCGAUCGGAGAGGCUCUCCCGGAAAAGGAAUUCAACAGAGAGGAGCUCGCUGAACAAUGCAAGCGUGAGGGCCAACGCAUCGUCGAUACGAAGGGGGCCAUCGCAUUCGGCAUCGCGUCCGUCGUGUCCAACAUUUGCGGCUCGAUCAUUUUCGACAGGCGCGACGUCCGCCCUGUCAGCCACUUCCAGCCGGAACUUGACUGCUGCGUGAGCAUGCCUGUCGUCCUGGGUAGACAUGGCGUUGUCAAGGCUUUGUCGCUCCCGUUGUCGAGCGAGGAGAAGGCCAAGUUGGCCGAGUCCGCGCACAUCGUGAGGGAGGCGGCCCAGAAGUUGCUGGGUCCGUAG